UGCCGGCUGGAGUAGGGGUCGAAAAGGGCGUGUUUGGAGAAAGGAGAUCACCAGGAAGUCAAACAUAUAAAACGUUGGAGAACCCUCAUGUGCACACACUCUCACUGAAACGGUUCACCAGAUCAUCUCUCCCACCAUGAAAUUCCUCAUCUUGACGCUCCUGGCCGUAGUGGCGCUCGCCCGCGGCGAACGCGGGCAGGAAAAGCGCGGGGUGGCCGCGGGCCAGCAGACUUACGCCGCUCCCGCGUCCAUCGCCUACGCCAAAGUGCAGCAGCCGGUGCCCAAGACUGUCGCCGUGCCCCAGCAGUACUACCAGCCGCAGCCCCAGGCCUACGCCCUCCAGCCCCAGCAGUACCAGCCGCAGGCCGUCGCAUACCAGCCCGCCCCCCAGCCCGUCGCUAAGCAAGUGGUGGCUUACAAGCAGCCCUACUCCUUGGCCAACGACGUCUCGUCCUUCACGUACUCGAGCCCUGUGGUGACUUACAACAACCUGGGGCUGCUUUCACAAGUCGUGGGGAAAUUGGCCGGAGCCCCGCAAGCUAAAGCCGUAGCUGCGGCCCCUGCUCCAGCCCCUGUUGCUUACCAAGCCCAAGCACAAAAAUAUGCGUACGCCCAACCGUCACAAUUUGCGUAUGCUCAAGCUCCACAGCAGAAAGUCGUAGCUGCGGCCCCUCAACAGUAUUUCGCUCCGGCCCCAGUGCCCCAACAAGCCUACGUUUCGGCCCCCCAAGCUCAGACUUACCAGUCGGCGCAGACCUACACCGCUCAGACAGCCCCACAAAGCAUUUACGCACAAGCCCCCCAGUAUUACAGCGUCCCCCAAGCUAAACACGCCACCCCAGGAGUUGGAUACGCUCAGUGAUGAGGAGAUUUAGUCAUUUUUGUACAUAUUUAUAGCUGAUAGAUUGUUACGUACCGUGAGGUGUUAUUUAAUAAAGGAUUUUUUUAAUC